AUGCCCACGCCGCUGCAGGCCGGCGGCCCCGCUAGCGGCCCGCCACCGGAGCGCAAGCGGCGCCGCAAGCGCGACGACCCCCAGAGCUCGGCCGCACUCGAGCCCGACGACGACGGCGACAUGAGCCCCGAGGAGGAGCCCCGCAACGCGCCCGCCGCGCCCGCGGCCCCCGCGCCCGCCCCCUCCUCCGCCCCCGCGCCCACCUCGCCCCCCGCGGCGCCCGACGCCGUGGACCUCACCUCGAGGCGCGACUCGCCGCCGCUCUCCUCCGACGUCGAGCGCUUCGACGGCAAGAUCGUCUACAACCCCGACGGCUCCGCCUACAUCAUCGAGGACCCCGAGAUGUCGGAGGGCGAGACCAGCCUAUCGGACCUGCCCAAGAUCGAGCCCGGGUGCAUAGUCGACAGCCGCGACAGCAACAUCGUGGAGAAACAGCUCGAUUUCCCCCAAAUAGCGAGCGCGUUCUACGUAUCGAGGAACUCCUCGGCUGUACGGCGCGCUGUACGGCAGACUGGCGGCGGAACGAGCGCGGGCCAGGCCCGACGCGCCGGUUAUGCACAGCUAUCGCGUGUUCAGUUUUCGUGGCGGCAAAGACACUCCCAGGCCACCCUCGCCGCCCGC